CACACGAGUUGGCGCAAUGUAUCAUGGGUCAGGGUUUCCAAACGAUCGAAUUUCCGGAAGGUCACAAACGCCCAAGAGACCCUGGAGAGAGAAGAUGGCUAACGAAAAGAAAGUUUCCAUGCCCUCGUGGGUAGCUUGGUGGCAGUUUAUUACAGGAAUCAUAUGUAUAAUUGACGCAACUUACAUUAUUUUGCGGCCACGUACCAUGAAGUCACAGGGGGGAGAUCUUAACUGGCUUUACAGUCCAUACAACCUUUACGUGUCGAUAGACUACAGAUACGAAGACAUGGAAGAUGGUUUUGUUAAAGGGGUCAGCUGGAUGAAUCUCGUAGAAGUUGUCUUCAAUUUUGUCACAUUGGCCAUGGUAAGUAAAAAGAUCUCAAGGCAGACGUAGUUUUGGUUUAAAGGGUUUUUUUGGAAGUGGGCAUGGUAGGCUCAGAAGAAAAAUGAUUGGUGUACAUUCUAGUUCUCUUAGGUGACAAUCUUCUUUGUUACUUUAAGGAUCACGACUUUAGGCUUGUUCUGAUUUUUUUGAGCUUGUGCUAGUUGUCAGCCUAUCAGAUUUGAGGAGAAUAACUCUAAGUUUGGGCAAAAAUUAUAAAUAAGAGUCCACAGAUUAUGGACUUCUGCUUGAUGCAUCCAGGGCUAAGCUUUGCUCAAUCCUUCUGUUGUAUUCUUGGACAAGAACCAAGCUUAUUAUGUAAUUUAGCUUUCUCAGAAGUACGAGUGUAAAUAGGCACUGAAAUGAUAUUGAUGGGGCUGGCUUGACAAAGGUAUUCCAUCCAGGCUGAGUAGCAAUAGUUGUAGAUAUUUCCCACACUGUGGAAACUAGCAGUUAUGAACCUUUUGAUCUAGACCAGAAUUCAUUGGAAUUUUGGAUUGGAAUGUCUUACAUCUUAUAGUUCAUCUCACAGUUUUGAUAAAUA